UGGUGCAUCGAUUGCACACAGACGCUUGCUUUCCUCUCGCUGGCUCAGUCCUGUGCUGGGAGGAAGAGGACGUAUUGAGACAUAUCUCUCUGCAUCUCAAGCUACCUUCCCUCAUGCUGGGCUGAUGUGAGGAGCUGGGUUCUUUCUCUCUCCCAUCUCGGAGGAUUCUGCUAUAGAGGUCAGAUGUCUGGUGAGAACAUCCUGUCUUCUCCAGAGAUCUGAAACUGGCAUGAUGUCACAGCUCUUGCAUAUGGAGAUCCCAAACUUUGGCAGCACGGUUCUGGACAGCCUCAAUGAACAGCGGUUGCUGGGCCAGCACUGCGAUGUGGCCAUCAUGGUCAAUGGACAGGCCUUUAAGGCCCACCGCGCUGUGCUGGCGGCCAGCAGCCUGUACUUCCGUGAUCUGUUUAGCGGUAGCACCCAGACUCUCUUUGAGCUGCCCUCGUCGGUGACCCCAUCCUGUUUUCGGCAGAUCCUCUCAUUCUGCUACACAGGCAGGAUGACAGUGAGUGCCAGCGAUCAGCUGAUGGUCAUGUACACUGCAGGCUACCUUCAGAUCCAGAACAUUGUGGAACGAGGAUUGGACCUCAUGUUCAAGGCCAGCGCUCCGUAUUGUGACUCCCAGACAUCUGCCACAGACGAUCCCCCCAGCCCAAACAACAACAACUCCUCCCUGUUGCUAGGCGACCAGCACACAACUGUCUGCAAGAUCAAGGAAGAGAAGCUGGAGACCCCGGUGUGUGCUCCGAGCGCAGAGCAAAAGCAGGCUGAGGAGGAUAGGGGCACUAGUGGUAGAUCUUUAAGGAACAGCACUCUUUUCUACACCUGUGGAGUAGGGAAUGGGGUAAUACCUGUGAUGCAUCCUUAUGAGCACUCUACCAGGGAUCACGCCAGCCCUGGAGCCUCAAGCCUCCCAACCACAGACAGCCCAACGUCACACCAAAAUGAGGAGGAGGAUUUCGAAGAUGACUCAUACGAUAGCCUAACAAAUGGAAAGAUCUAUGGGGGCUCUGCCAGUCUCUAUUGCAUACAAGAGAAGAUGAAGAUGUCCUCCCUGCCUCUGUCCUUGGACAACCGAUUCUGUGUGCUGCUGGGAGGAGACAGAGAGGCUCUGCCCGCUGGUCUCAUCAGCCAGAUCGGCUACCGUUGCCACCCUGCUCUCUACACAGAGGGCGACCCUGGAGAGAGGCUGGAGGUGAUUGGAGGAUCUGGUGUCUUCAUGACGCGUGGGCAGCUGAUGAACUGUCACCUCUGCGCUGGGGUCAAACACAAAGUCCUACUGAGACGCCUCCUAGCUGCUUUUUUUGACAGGAACACACUGGCUGACAGCUGUGGGACUGGAAUCCGGUCUUCUAACUGUGAUCCAAAUCGCAAACCACUGGACAGCCGCAUACUCAACACGGUUAAACUCUACUGUCAGAACUUUGCACCUAACUUCAAAGAGAGUGAAAUGAACGUGAUUGCCGCAGACAUGUGCACCAAUGCCCGGAGAGUUCGUAAACGCUGGCUCCCUAAGAUCAAGUCCAUGCUCCCAGAGGCCAUCGAGGUGUACAGGGGGACUGCAGUCCUAAGCCAGGUGGAGGGAGCCACCCAGCCAGGUGGUGGCUUUCCCUUUGAGUCAGAGUUCAAACACCUGGCAGCAUCAAAUCUGACUCUGGAACAGCAUCUCUAUGAAGACUGCAGAGAGACACUGAGGAAUGGCUCUCACUUCACAGGAGUCAGUAUGGAUGAGAGGUCAAAAGGUGAAGCAACUAAGCCUGAGCCAGUGCGAGCCAGCGAGUCAGACAACCCACAGGACGUUGAGAGGCUUCCGGAGAGUCCAGAGAGAGCGGCCAGUGUGCUCGCCAUUAACCCAGCCAGCAAGAAAGGAGAAAAAGAUUGGGCGGCCAGCAGCCCCAGAACACAGAGAGAGGAACAGAACAGACAGAGACCACUUAAAGAGGAUCAGUGACUUCUUCCACUUCACAAUAUUAUAAACUGGUCUGCAGCUUCUCACAAUAAAAAGGAUCUUUAUCCCUAAUGGCAAAUAUCCCAUGCUGCUGAACAUACAGUGGCCCCAAGAAGUAUUGAGACACUUAAGCCACACUUACAAAUGUACUUAUGUCUUAACAUUAUGUAACAAAUUAUUAAACCAAUUUAUUUUAAAGAAAUAUAGCAUAUAAACACACUUUUCAAGCAAAACAUUUUACAAAAAGAAGUUUAAGUUUUAAAUGAGAAAUUAGUUUUAUUAUUCAAAAUUAAAACAACAAGUAUUGGGACACUUUCUGGUUGUCAAACUUAGUGAAACAUGUUCAUAGUUAAUAUGAGCAACACAUGUGGUUACUCUGCUAGGACACAUGUGAGAACUUGAGGGGGACUGACUUCAUACAUCCACUAAAAUCACUUUGAAAUCAGUUGGUUAAAAGUGAUUGCAAAAAUGGCUAAGUUAGUUCUCAGAAACAGUCUAGCAUUCAUUUUUUGCAAAUGCCACUUGUUUGUGUAUUUUUUUAUAUAUACAUAUCAAAUGCAAUGGCAUUCUUACAUUUUUAAAUGUGACUUAAAUGUCCAAAUACUACUUGUUUCAACUUUAACAUAAAAGCUGCAUGAUCAUGGAAACUCGCCAUACAGCAAAUUUUUUCCAGGAUAAAUCUAAGAACCUCUGCAGCAAAUAUAAGAAAUUUUAAGGAUUUUUCAUGGACUCAUUUAGCAUAUGUAAAUACAGUCACAUAAACAAGCCCAAUACAUUAAGGCAGUCUGCGGUGUGAUUUUUCUUUUUCUUUUUUUUUUCUUUUUCUUUUUUUAUGAAUGCAUGUGAUGCAUAUCCUCUGGCAUUUCUGACUAAUACUCUUGCCAAUUACACAAACAAAUGGAUCAUGGACUUCUGCAUGGCUAAAACAAGUGCAGGACAAAUGCUCUCUUUAUUAUAAAACAUACAUGCUUCAGAAAUCAGAACUAUCCUGCUUUUGGAGAGAGGGGAUGCUAUGUAUCAAGCUGACUAUCGGACUGCUGAGUCCAGUACAGUAAGGGAAGCUGAACCAAGGACAACAGUCUAGAGAGUACGCUGGACUCUCAGUUUUCCCUCCCAAGCUUUUUAAUCUCACUCUCAUUCUCAAGCUGCUGUAUAGUAAAUGCUUGCCUGUUUUUGCAUUACAGCUGGUCUGGACAUUUGAAACGCGAUUGUAAGAUGUUUUUUGGAAGUGAAAUAAAGGAAGGAUUAUUUUGAGGGAUAUCUAGGUGCUGCUUAUUUAGUCAACAUUAUUUAUCAUAUUUGAUAAAAAAAAUUUAAAAAAAAGACUUUUGCAAAACAAUAGUAAUGCUCAUUGUAUAGUGUUUAUAUACUGGAGAUGAAACAUAAAACAUGAACUCAGUUUUACUUGAAUGCUAAAGGUUAAGAUUCAUUGGAUGAUAAACUACCAGAAAAUUCUAAUACUUGUGAAAGGUCUUGAUAAGGUCUGGCUGAAUAGGAUUAUAACUGUCAUAUUUUUUAUGUACUCAUUUGAUUAUCUGUAUUAUACCAAACAUCUCAAACAGAAUGCAGACUUUCUUUAAGGUCACACAGAAUUUCUUUCUUAUAUGGAUGCAUCUGUUCCCUCAAAAGGCAGUUUUGUUUCCUUUGUCCUGGCUCUGUACAAGAAUGAAAUGUUAUUCAUUUUAAUAUAUCAUUGAUUUUGCAUUGAAAUAUUGAAAUGUAAAGUAUUCUUUUAAAGCACACAAUAACCUCUGAUUUUUGAAAGGUAAACAUCAUAUUUUGGCAUGUGAUUGAAUGUGUGAGAUGAAAUCACGAACAGCAUGACAGUUCUCUCAGUUUUUCAGCUGCUCUUGAAUGACAUUCUAUUUGGAAAGAUAUUCCAAAUAAAACAUACAAAUGUACUAAUGUACAGCUAAAUGUACAAUGUAUUAUUAAAUAUUUCCUAUGAAUAAGCAUGUGGCCAUUGCAAAAUUAAGCUACAGCAAAAUUUAAUUUGUGCUGAUCAUCCUGGAUUAUAAAUGUACAAACCCUGCUGCAUUGCUGCUUAGACUGUGUGACUGAAAUCUAACCUGAGGACUUCCUUUGGUGCCAGUAUGGCGCUUGCUGUGGCAGCUGCAGCUGAAUCCUUCAUUUGAGCCAGGAGGAUAUUUAUAGCCGAGGAGACCCGCAACAGCACAUCCGUAGUACAACUGAAAGAGUAGAUUUCUCAAUAUCAAAUGUUAUGGGUCUUUUUGACUACUUAAAGACAUUUAAUUGCAUUAUAACCUAGAUUUAUUGCAAUGUAACCAAUGUUUCAGCCUGAAACUUCGUGACUUCUUCCACAGAUCUUAACAUGGCAAUGUUAAAUGCUUUUACUCUCACCACACAAGCUCAGUCAAAAACAGCAAAUUGUGACAUUUGAUGAUGUACCGUCAGUUGAAGGAAAGAGCUCUUCAUGUAGGCACUCUGAAGGGAGCAUGGCAUUGUAUAAAUGUACCCUUCGCUAACAGUCUUGUGGAAGAGCCCUUCAUGAAAAAAUAACUUCUUACUUUCAUUUGUAAUGACCCUUCGAGGGUCGUCCCCUUCA